AUGGGGCAGGAGUGGCAGGGGAGAGACCUCUCACCCACCCUCCCCCUACAGUCCAUCGUCGCCUAUUUCAACAAGCUCGCAGGGAAGUCCAAGGAGGAGGCCAAGCUGGCCUUCCUGAAGCUCAUCUUCAAGUGGCCCACCUUCGGCUCAGCCUUCUUCGAGGUGAAGCAAACUACAGAGCCAAACUUUCCUGAGAUUCUCUUAAUUGCCAUCAACAAGUAUGGGGUCAGCCUCAUUGAUCCCAGAAGCAAGGACAUCUUGACCACUCACCCCUUCACCAAGAUCUCCAACUGGAGCAGCGGCAACACCUACUUCCACAUCACCAUUGGGAACCUGGUGCGCGGGAGCAAACUUCUCUGUGAGACGUCACUGGGCUACAAGAUGGAUGACCUCCUGACUUCCUAUAUUAGCCAGAUGCUCACGGCCAUGAGCAAACAGCGGGGCUGCAGGAGUGGCAAGUGA